AUGCCGUGGAUCAUCUGUAUCCUUUUUGAUCGAGAUGAACAACGUCUGUUGUUGAUCAAACAAAAUUCAUCUGAUCACUUUUGGUUUCCAUACGGUGAAAUUCGUCGCGAUGAAAAUCCAAAUUCUGUAUCGAUCGCUCAACGAAUCGCUCGUCAAGGCACUUCGGUGGAUUUAGAAGCAACGGAUCAUGUGAAAAUUCGUUCCUCCGAGUCGUUUCCAUUUUUAGGAGAUCGACGAACCUACUGUGAUUGGAUGAGUUCCGACACGUUUUGCCAAGUGAUCAGAAAUAAAUUACGUCCGACGGAAAAUGCUCGUUUAUCUUCUUAUUUUCGAGCAUUCGAUGCUGGGAAGACAGGCUACUUAAAUUAUGACAAUUAUCUUCUGGGAUUAGCAGCGAUGCAUCCAAACACGAAUCGUCACGAUGUUGAAAACACGGGUACUGAAGAACACAACUUUCAUUUUCCAUCAGUUCCUGACAUUAACAAACUUUUCGAAAAGUUCCGUCCUCGAUCGGAUCAAAUCGAUUUCGAGGGAUUCGUCAAUACGAUUCUUCGAAAGGAAUAUCGUGGAACAUCAAGAUUGCUUCUUCUCGAUGGCGACAUGGCCAAUUGGUUUUCUUCCAAUGAAUCUCGUCGACAAGUGGACAAUCGAUCGCCCGCUCCAGUGCCCGAAAAGAUCCAACAUGAACUGGCCAAUCACUUUGUCACCUUGAAAAGAACUGGCCAAUUGUUUCAAGGCAAAGCAUUACUUGUGCUCGAUAGUUACCACACUACACAUUCAUCCUCAAGUCGAAUAGCACUGGAAAAUUUACCACGUUCAUUAUCGACAGAAAUCUUCAAUAAAGAAACCAAUGCCAAGAUUAUUCAAGAUUUGUUACGUGGUUUUAACAAGUCAUCUCCAUGGACAACGGAACAAUACAAGCGUUUACCACCAUUCAUCAUUGGUCUGUGUCAAGAUGUGAAAACGAUUUUUCACGGUGAAGCACGUUGCUUGAAAUUAUCAUCUCCUACUUAUAUUCUCGGUGAUCUUCAUGGAAAUUACGAAGAUCUCAUUGGUUAUGAGCAGUUAUUCUGGCGUGCGACUCCAUUUUUAACACCAGCUUCAUUUCUUUUUCUUGGGGAUUAUGUCGAUCGAGGAAAACAUGGACUUGAAGUUGUGCUCUAUUUAUUUGCUAUGAAAUACUUAUGUCCCAAGAAAGUCUUCCUUCUUCGUGGAAAUCAUGAAGUGCGCAAUGUUCAAAAGGCUUUUACUUUUCAUCGAUUUCAAGAAACUGAAGGCAACAAAGUGUGGGAGACGAUCAAUUCGGUCUUCGAUGUUUUACCAUUGGCUGCUGUCAUCGACGAUCAAAUUCUUUGUGUUCACGGUGGCAUUCCUAGUCCCACUUCGUGCCCAGGAGAUUUUAUUUCCACAGUGAAUCGCAUUCCUAUACCACUGUAUGCACCGGAAAAGCAAUCGGAUUUAGCUUGGCAAUUGAUGUGGAAUGAUCCAAAAUCUGGAGAUACUUCUGGCACGCAGAACGCAUGUAGCAACGAUUUCUUCUAUAAUGAUCAACGAGGCACAGCGAAAUAUUUCACCUGUGAAGCAUUGAUGGCCUUUCUCGAUCGAAAUCAGUUUACUUAUGUUGUACGUGCACAUCAAGUUCAAGAAGCAGGUUUCAAAAUUCAAUUAAAUGGUCGUCUUUUGACGGUCUUCUCUUCGUCUCGCUAUUGCGAAAAAAAUAAUCUAGCAGCAGCAGUGUUGAUUGAUUCAGGCAAAUUACGAUUGAUCCAAUUGGAGCAACGUGAACCGGAGCCUACAGCGUAG